CACAGUGCGUUCUUAACAAAGUUUCCAUAAAAGGAAUUCUUGUUAAAAAUUGCUUCUUUUUUUUAUACAGUCUUUCGAAAUGCUGCGCUUCGAAUGUGGCAAAGUUAGUGCACAGAUCUUCGAACGAGCAGCGGAAACUGUCAGCCUCGACCACAGCGACGAGUUCGGAUUUCAAGGCUCGUCACAACCGAAAAGAUCGCACGCCAACAUGCCUCAGAAUAGGGCGAAGAGAAUCAAAUUGGAACCGACGCACGACGAUUACAUUGCAAUCGAUUCAGCAACUUCCAUCGCAAUGAAAGUGGAAUUCAAAUUUGAAUUGGAUCGACCAAUUAAAAAUCAGAGCACAUUGCGUUCCAUUGCUCGAAUGGCUGACUCCCUCGUUGUCAACUUCACUCAUCGCAAGGCAUUGCAAUACAAAUGGGCUAAAAUAUCAGUCCUUUGGUUCAAAGACAUUCUCCUAGAGCAUGAGGUUGCUAUGCCUCGGGCGCUGCAAGAGCAUAAAGAAGCUCGCGCAUUUUGGGCUCUUGCUCAAGGCUGCACUGCGUUUCAAAUAGACAUCUCCAUAGAAGCCCUACAAUAUACAAACUCAGAUAGCAUCACUGCAACCUUCAAUCUUGUGCUCAAGGAGAACUGCCCAGAUGAGAUAGCAUAUUCAUUAUUACAGUAUGCAUUUCUAUCUCCACCUGCACCACUUCACUACACGCUGGAGGAAUUUUACAAGCACUUGCAACCACCAGUAUCGCAACACAUUGCCUGGUCAUAUAUUUCAUCCGACCUUCGACCGCAGCUUCUGCCAUUUCAAUCUCAGAACGUUCAAUGGCUGUUAUAUCGAGAAGGCCAUUAUGUUAACGAUAAUGGACAAGUCACUCCUGUUGAAGUUGAAUAUUCAGAAACGGAAGCCUUUAUAUGGGAGAAGAUCCAAUUAAAUGAACAAGAAAUAUACAUAAAUCGUGCUAGUGAGCAAGUCUCAGUAGGCGUCAACAGCGAUCUCCAAUAUGCAAGGACCCUUAUACAUAGAGGAGGGAUACUCUCGGAUGAGAUGGGUUUAGGAAAAACAGUAAGCAUGCUGGCAUUGAUACUGUUACACAAGCGCAAGUUUCCACCGGCAAAAGAUGAGAACGGUCUUAUACAGUCUGGCGCAACCCUUAUCAUUACACCAUCUACGAUAUCUCACCAGUGGGAAGCUGAAAUAAGACUACAUGCGCCAACCUUAUCAUAUACCUACUAUCAAGGCAUCAAGGACAAAUCUGAAAGGCAAACAACACCAGAAAAGUUGGCCAGCUUUGACAUUGUGUUGACGAACUACGAGGUACUCAGUCGAGAAAUAUGGUAUGCAAGAGACCAUAAUGAACGAUCUAGGCGAAGUGAACCAAAAUACCCACCUCGCAAAAGCCCACUGGUCAAAAUUAAAUGGUGGAGAUGCCUUUUAGACGAAGCACAGAUGGUCGAGUCGACUGUGGCUGCCACUGCUGAAAUGGCCCGCUUGAUACCACGUCACUAUUCUUGGGCAGUAACUGGAACUCCCAUGUCGACUGGUUACAAUGACUUGUAUGGCCUUUUCUUAUUUUUAGGGAUCAUUCCGUCUUGCGCCACCCCUGCAUCAUUCACAGCAUUGUACCGAAACCCAGAUCUUUUUUACCAAUUCCUCGAUUUGACUGCGCGAGUUAUCAGAAGGAAUGCGAAGAAGAAAGUUCAAGAUCAAGUCAUCAUUCCUAUACAAAGGAGAAAAGUGGUUCACAUUUCAUUUUCGCAGUUUGAGCAGCACUACUAUGACGAUUUGUGGUCGCAGUGCUGUCGCUCUACAGAUUUGGAAUGGUUAGAGGCUAAUAAUUGGGGAGAAGGAGAAAAUUUGUCGACGGUACAGAAGUCAAGGAUAAACCAGAUGAUGGCGGAACUUCGUAACUGGCUGUUGACUCUCAGACAAACGUGUGUUCACCCUGGUGUUGGUAUAAGGAACCAAAGACAGCUAGGUUCAGUGGUGCAUACCUUACCCGAAGUUCUGGAGGUCAUGAUAAACCAAUCCAAAGAUAAAAUCAAGGAGGCAGAAUCCGGUUACAGUGCUACCUGUCUUCGACAUGCUGGUAUGCAUGAAAUCUUAGAAGAGUGGCAGCUCGCCUUAAACAUCUACUUGGAUGGAGUCAAGUUCAACGAGUCCAGAGUGGACGAAGCUCGGAAAGAAGUCGAAGAUGCAAAGGUUGAAGCUGCUGAGGAACGCAUUGCUGAUGGGAGUGCUCCAGUUCCAGAAAUUGAAGUUAAAAGCGCUGAUUCAGAAAAGAAACAGAAUGCGCUUUCCAUUGCAAGAAACCGUCUUUCAAACUGCCUUCUUUUAUUGCAUCGCUUUCUCUUCUACGCAGCUGGAAUGUAUCACGAAUUGAAAGAUGAAGACAACGAGGCCAAACUCUACGACAGAGCUGAAGAGAUCAGACGGGAACUUUUACGCCAGUCCCAAAACAAGUUCAAAUCUAUUACUCAAGAGCUUGACGAAGGCUUCAAGGCCAUUUUAAGCCACAAGGCACUUGAAUUUCAGGUCAGCGAACACAACACAGGAAUACUUUCUUGGCAGAUUCUUGAAGACAUAGAGGAUGUUGCGGAAAAACUAGAUGCUCAAAUGAAUCUGAUUGUUGAUUGGAGACAAAAAAUUUAUGAAUAUUUAACGUUGAGCUUAGAAACUGAAGAUGAGGCGAAAGGUGAUGAGUUCGAGACAUCCUUGGUUGUGCAAGAGUCCGGUAUGAUCUACCUAGAUACAUACCAGUUGCUUUUGAAGGAUCAUGAUUUUUAUUUAACUGGAUCUUGGAACGCGUUGUAUUUGAACGAUAAUGUUAACAAGCCGGAAAGAGAAAUAGAUGAAAGCACCAGGACGGAGGAACUGGACAAACUAGAAUCAGAUCUUAAGGCCGAAAGAGCAGAAUUAGCAGCUAAAACUGCAGCUGAGAACAACAUUCGAGUUUUACAGAAUGCUCUGCGAGACGCUGGGCAGCGAUCAUACGUCAACGCGGAAGAAUCGGCCAUUUUGAAGCUGGUGGUUAAUCAACUUCGCAAAGAGACUGAAAGACACAAGACAAUACUUGAAAAAUUAGAGAAUGAGGCAAGGAAAUUUUCUCAGUUGUACAAUGCUCGUAUCGAAUACUACCGAGCACUACAGCAUAUUUCUGAUCAAGUCAAGGCAUGGGAAAGUAAAGACCCAAAAGCAGAAAUUGAAGAGUUGAAGGAACAGGAAAGAAAAUAUCAACGCGAAGCUGCCGCCCAAACGGCGCGUUCUCGAUAUCUGACCAAUCUAAGCAAAGAAGAGACGCAGUCUGAUACCAAUGAGACUCACCGAGAAUUUGACAACUGUCUCAUUUGCCAAAGUGAAUUCGAUAGAGGUAUCAUUACGUACUGUGCGCACAUGUUCUGUGAAGAUUGUGCCAAUCGCUGGUUUGAAAGUAGUCGCCGAUGCCCAACUUGUAGUGCGACGGUGGAGAAAAAACAAUGGUGGACAGUUGCAUGGAACAAACCGAUGACGGCAGAUACCACUAUCGAACAGAUUGAAUACUCCGGCGACGCUGAAGAACUUUUACCUGCUUCAACGUUUUCCAAUAUUCUGUCCAUUCCAAUUAAAGGAGGUUUAGGCGCCAAACUGGAUACCAUUAUCAAGCAUAUCAAACACAUCAAACAAACAGAUGAGGAAGGAAAAUGUGUCAUUUUCUCUCAAUGGAGAACCGUUCUUGAUAUUUUAGCUGGUGGUCUACGCCGCAACGACAUUGGCUACGUUGAGUUUGGAAAAGCCAAAAAUCAACAGCAGAGUGUUCUUCAAUUCCGUAACGAUCCUAAUAUCAGUGUUAUCCUUUUGAAUGCAAGAACACAAUCCAGCGGUUUGACCUUAGUAGCUGCGCAAACUGUGUUCAUGGUGGAACCAGUCUUCAAUGAAGCGCUGGAGCAGCAAGCCAUUAGCCGUGUUGAUCGAAUUGGUCAGACAAAAGAGACUACCGUUUUUUGGUACAUUGUUCGUGAUACAAUUGAGGAACGAGUGCAUGAAAUUCACAACGCCAAACGUCACUAUAGAAAUGAGCUCGUCAAAGAGGCCCAGGGGUCAGAAAGCAGUAAAAAACCCGAAGUACUACCUUUACAUGCUACUCUGGACAAGCUGUCGGCUGGAGGAGGAGAAGUUGUAUCUGAUGAAGAUCUUCACAACUGUUUCACGAAACACCACAGGCCAUCUGAACAGGUACUUAAUUAGCAAUAUCCUUAGAUACUAGAGUUGUAAUUUUCCCAAACGAAAGCACCACUCUUUCGUCCUAUACUUUCAUAUCCGCCUCUUAGUAGUCAGAGUUUUCUGACCAUACUUUAAUAAAAGAUUGGCAAAUAAAAAGUG